UUACUGCUAACAGUGGUGGAUUUAGAGGGGCGGGCCCCCCUUUCCGCUGCAAAUUUAGAAAAACAUUUGAGUAAAACUCCAGAUUCGGCACCAAAAAUGGCUGAGUAUUUUGGCUAAUACUUGACUUUCAUAUGUGCCCCCUUUUCUCGGAAAUCCUGGGCUGCGUUCAAGAUCGUGGCGGCUAGCCUAGCUGCUAGGCUAGAUAUCUAAGUAUAUUGAACACAUUGUAAGAAUUAACGCUUGUUAUCCCUUAGCACAUUAUUGAAGAUCGUGGCGCUACUGAGUCUUACGUAACUGUUAUGAUAUUGAAAGCAGCCCAGGAUUCGCCACUGGUUAGAGCUCCGAAACAGUGAUCUUCUAUGAUUUUGACCAAUCGGCAAUCCUCGGAUGAUUCAGCUACGCUUGCGAGGUAAUCGUAACUACUCGGUCAUUUCCGCAAGGGGCAAAUAACAAUCGUAACUACUCGGCUAUUUCAACAAGCAGUGGAAAUGGCCGAGUACUUACGAUUGUGUGCGAGAAGCACCGAGUGGAAUUUGACCACAGGUAGAGUGUGGGAACACACUAGUAAAACAUAGCUUGUCGGACAUUCUACUGUAUGGUAACGGUCUUUAGAGUUACUGGACAAUGCUCUUUCUGUGUAUUUCGAUCGAGUGUAAUGAAAUAAAAUCACAGAACCCAGUCACGGCCAAAUCAGGAUAUUGCCAUUCGAGUUAAAUUCCGUGAUCCACCCACAUAUUUCGUUACAAAAAUUCUAUUUUCUAUUCAUCAGAGGAUUUCCCACUUCACCUACAGUUGGUGACUGUAAAAUUCAGUUAAGGUAUAUUUAAAUCUCCAUAUAAUUAAAGAAUAUACCUUCAUUUCAGAGAUUACAAAAACAUAACUAAGUGUUCCGAUUCGUUUUUCUAAAAUUGAUUGCAAACACUAUCUAAAACCUUUUUGAUUGGAUAAAAUUCAUUUCCGUGUUCAUUUCCGGGAUAUAAGAACACGUCAAACAUUCUUAAACCCCAUGUAAAGUACACAAAUUAAAUUAACUUUAUUUUGCUGUUAGUCAAGUACAACCAGCGUUGCUAUAGUAGUUAUAGAUUUUGUUGUUACUAUGAAUGGGGUUUUUUUUAAUACAGUAUAUAAUUUAUUAUUUUUUUUUCACAAAUAUUGACCUCUAUAUGUAAGACAGAAAAACAGAUGUCAUUUUUUCCAACAACUUUCACACACUUUCAUACUCCCACUCAUACUUUUGUUGGCAAGUGCUUAAUUUUUAAUAUAAUUGUAGAAAAAAAAAAUUAUAACUGAAUAAAUAAAUAAAAGUUGCUUCAAAAAUAAGGGGGAAAUAUUGCUUAAAAUAGUGAAAUUAUGAUUUUUUUUUAAUGUCAGAAAGUUACUAGGAAUGUUUAUAUGCCAGAUAUUAUGAUUACUUUAUCUUCAUUAUUCAGUUUACAUCAUACAUGUAUAUUGGAUCUCUAUCAAUUACAUAUACCAUGCAGUCUUUGAAAUCUCAUUACCAAUCAACGUGUACCUCUGACCCUUGCGUAUAUUAAUUAUCCUGAAAAGAAAAGAUGCCAUAUGAUAAUCAAACUUUUCUUUUAUUACAGACUCAUAGAAUAUGUCAUUACGCGGUAAUUAUCAAAACUAAAGUUUAAAUUCAUUUAAACAAUAUUUACUUAAUAAAUUGAUGGGAUUGGCCAGCAGGCUUAGCCUAUGAUCUAUCUCCCUAUAAUGAUCUGUAACAGGAAGAGGAGAAUUAAUGCAACGGACCAGACCGGGAUUCUAACCCAGGAACCCUGAAUCUCUAGUCAGGUGCUCUACCAACUGAGCUAUCUGGCCACUGGCGGUCGAACCCGACUGACCGCUACAUCCCUACCCUCUUAAAUGGCUUCACACUUGAAGACAUCAAUCCAAGAUCUUUAUCCCCUGGCAGGCAUUUUCACCUGUGGGUUCUAGGGGCUGGUGGCACCAAAUGUAACAGGAAGAGAGAAAAUGCAGUGGACCAGACCGGAAUUUGAACCCGGGCCUCUGAAUCUCUAGUCAAAUGCUCUACCAUUUGAGCUACAUGUAUCUGGCCAUCGGCGAUCGAACCCGGCUGACUCCUACAGAUCAAACAGGAUAUGUACAGGUACAAAAUGUGUAAAAUAUCAAAACUGGCUUUGUCAAUCUGCAGAAGUUUCUUGUUACAUUGAAAUAGUUUAAAAUUCAUUCAAGGUUUAGCAUAAAUUAUGCAAAAGAUUUUUGAAAUGUAAUUAUAUGUGCUUUGUUAUAAGUAUUGUCUGUCUUUAAUUCACGCAUCUCUAACAUGACACCUAGAUUCAUGCAUAUAUACAUAAUAUGUUUUACGGUGUGGCAGUGGAGAUGAGCAUAUACCCUUAACAUCUUGCAGCACGACUUUUAGCCAUUCAAUCCACCUAUUCAUUUAACGUGGAAAGUAUAACGCAGGCAGUGUAAACUGCAUUCCUCUACGUCAUAUUUAGCUUCCAUGUCGAUUUUUUUUCAAAGCAAGCAAUAAUCAACAACAACACAACGGAUGAGGGUAAGAAAAAAUUGAAAUGUUUUGGUACGUUUAAAGCAACUUAUUUUAUUUGUGUUUUUCAUUUAUAAAGUACCGUACUGACGGCGAUAUUUUUCCAGAGCACUUUUAUUAAUCCCAUAAUUUUUCAGUUGAUGAAGAGUGAUUCACGUGACUCAUGUGUGUUCUCAUUGGAUCAUUGGAGCUUUCCUCACUAAUAAAAUGUCUCGUAGUGUGCAAUUUUAUAAACGGUUUAUCCUAUACGCUUAGUUGAUAUUCAACAUCCAUGACCAGUUUAGUUAUAAAAAAAAAAUCCCGAUUUUUUAAUGUAAAUAUUCAUGAACACCCGAACCUUUUAAAUACACAAUACAAAAUCAGAAUAGCAUGAAGAUUAGGAAUAAAACUUACUACAUCAUUGGCUUUUCCCAAACAUUCAAAUGAUAUAUUCGUUAAAAUGUAUUAUUCAAUUUAUAGAAUCCAAUAGCAAUCGUAGAUAUUUUGACAACGGUAACCAUUGGAAACAAGACAUAAAAAAAGAAGUGUGUGGGAACCCACAGUCAUUAUUCUGGUUUUCAGCCUGCAACAGGGAAUUUACGGUAGCUGUUCCAAGGUUUUGUUGUUGCAGCAGAUCAAUAUGGCGGGUUUGGAUAUGGAAGAUAGGGAUCCUAACAACAUCAAUGGUCACGUGAAGGUGGCGUUUGAGGACGUGUUGGCAGAGACCGAUGGCGCUCACAGUUUAAACUGCACCUGGGCAUGCAGCUACUGCUGUUUCAACUGCGGCAAGAAUUGUUGCUACCGGAUAAUGACGACGCUCUGCGGCAUGUUCAUCGCCCUCUACUGGGGUUGCGAGUUUGCCUUCAUCACGUUCGAUCAAGUCUGGUGCACCACACCCGGCCUCCGGGUCUUCAGUAUCUACAUGGGAUGUUGCCAGAAGUUCUUUGGUACCUGUAUCACGUGUUUCCUCGCACCAAUCUGUGAAACAUGCGGUCUGUUGUUCAGUAGAAUCUCCAUUACGAAACAAUGAGUGUUUGUACAGUGCAUCAAUCUGUGAUAUUUCUUGGAAUUAAGUGAUUCGUGAUUUUCUGCAACGCGUUAAUUAUUAUUCAAGUUUUCCUUAGUGAAUAAAUCUUGUUUUUCAUUAA